AUGACCGUCAUCACUAUGCCGACGACCGAGAAGAAGUCGGACAACGUGCCGCUGGUGACCAACAUCGAGAUCGACCCUUCAGCCCAGGAAAAAGACUUGGAAACUGGAAAUGGUGUACAUAAUCGCCCAGUCAGAUCUAAAUUUUUGGUGCUCAGAGUCAUUAAUGAUCGUGUUUAUUCUAUGUGGGCAUUAAUUUAUGUAUUGCUGAUGUCAUUAGUAAUUACAUUCAUGAUGCUUUAUGGGGAACAUAUUUAUAGAGCUAUUGGAAAUGCUUUUAAUGAUGAGAAUGAUGCUUUCUACGGAACUGGCACUAUUGCUUUAAAUGAUAAGUUAUCUCUUCCCAUUCAAGAUAUAAACAAUGACUACGAAAUGAAUCAAUUAAAAAAUGAUAUGGAGUUCAAGAAACUUGAGAACUUUGCUUUGAAUAUGGAAAAAAUGAACAGCCAAAUGAUGAACCCUGAUGAUGUUAUUUCUGAAUUUAAAGAAGAUUUUGAACUAGAUCUUAAGGAAGAUAGUUAUGAAAAAAUUCUUCCAAUUCUACCAUUAGCUAACUCCGCUCGUUUUAUUCAUGAUUUCAGCGCGAAUGUCACUGGUAUUGUAGAUAUUGACGGUAAGCGUUGUUUCAUUAUGCCAUUAAACCGCAGUGCAGUAUUGCCACCAAAAUCUUUAUACGAUUUGUUGUUUAAAAUGUCAAGUGGUUAUUAUGCCGUUGAUACCAGUAAUGUGAUGCACAAUAUGCGUGUGGUGAAACCAGCUAUUCAGGAUCUCACAGAAUAUGGCAUUUAUAUUGCUAAAGAUUGUGCAGGUUUUCCAACUUAUAAACUGGAAAAAAUCGUUUCUGGAGUAUUCAAGCGGAGUGUUUCGGCCCACACGAAAACUUUUUCGGCGUUUUCGGGACAGAUGGACUCAUUCCAUAUACUCAACUAUGAAGACAUCAAUUCGCAGUAAAAUAAAAUGAUCUCCCGUCUUUAUAUUUGAUAUAAUAAUAGGUUACACACUUACACAUACACAAUAUAUUUAUAAAUACUACCUAUAUAAUAGGUAUCUAUUUUAUCUAUUUACGAUUUUGUUUAAGAUUUUAUUUUCAAAGUUUUAUGAUAUUAUAUUCACUCAUUAUACUUUUCUAGUAGGCACUUAGUGCUUUGUAACAUCGGUACAAGGUACCUACCUAUACCUAAUCUUAUCCGAUACACCCGUAUAUAAUAUAGGUGGUAUAUACCAUGUGAUAUAUACUAUAAUAAUAUAACAAUAUAAUAUUGUAGAUUGUAAUUGAUCAUAUAUUCAUAUAUAUUAUUAUAAACUGUUAAAUUUGAUUCUAAAAUGUCGAUUGAGUUGUUCUCGUGUCCACAAAUAUCAAACGUUAUUUUGAGGAUUUUUUGUUUUUUAUUUUCGAAAGUUUUAUGCAAGUAUGUGUUGCCAAAAGUCCAUUAAAUUAUAUUGAAGCUCGAAUUAUAUUCAUCACCAAUGAUCAAAUAAUUUUGUAUGGUAUAUAAUAUUAUUAUUGAACGAUAAUAUUAGCUAUACCUAUUAUAUAUAAUAAUUAUAUAAUAUAUACUUGCGUCUGUAGUCGAACGUUGUAAAAUAGCAUAAUUUUUGGUAUCAGAGUAUUUGGAUUAAUAUACAUUAUACAUAUGUCUAUAUUUAUACACUUUAUAUAGAGUCUAAUAAAAUAAUAAAACAGA